GGGAAUUUCGCACGUUCUCUGCAAACGUUCCCGCUGAGAGAAACGAAAAGGAAUCGCACAUUCGCAUUUUGUCCGGGAAUUAAUUCCUUCCCCCGCAACAUUGAUUAUCCAAUUCAUAAUCCCAUUGCCUGCUGCGAUUAGAUUCGUUCACGGCCAACUUGUAAUCGCACCCCUAAUCGCACUAGCUUCCAGUAUCCGAUUCAUCUUCCAUAUCAUUCCCGAAAUGCCUAUUUAAUUCCACCAUGCGAAUUCCCAGAAAGCCCGUUUCCUUUUGCCUCUCCCAUUUCUCUCCUGAAUUCUCCUUCACUUUCUCUUCCCGGAUUCAGCUUAGCUUCGGAAUUCUCUGCAAACCCCAUCACUCUCCCGGUAAACGAAAACGAAUUCACGCCGCAGGAGCAAGUCAAUUUUGUGCCAGUUAUCCAAUGGACGAGAGUCAUGGGACUGUUGUAGGUGGCAAAUCAUCAAAUUUUCUUCAUAUGGCAAGCAGUGAUGGUGGUCAUAAACCAUGUAUAUGGUCAUCUCCAGAGGGAGGACGUAGGAUUGAUAUAGGAAAGCGUAUAUUUUGCAACAGAUCAUUGAACAUGAAAAGCAUUGUUGCUGUCGGGUUUGAUAUGGAUUACACUUUGGCACAAUACAAGCCUGAGACUUUCGAAUCUCUUGCUUAUGAAGGCACAAUUAGGAAAUUGGUGUACGAUUUGGGUUACCCUCAUGAGUUGCUGAAUUGGUCAUUUGAUUGGAAGUACAUGGUCAGAGGCUUGGUACUUGAUAAAAAGAGGGGCAAUAUCUUGAAGAUGGAUCGGCAUAAGUAUGUGAAAGUAGCCUACCAUGGAUUCAAGGAGUUGUCAAAGGAAGAAAAAGUUGGGACCUAUGGGAAUACUUUGGUACGGGAUGCUUUUGAUGAGCCUGACUAUGCUCUCAUUGACACCCUUUUUUCACUAGCUGAAGCCUAUUUGUUUGCUCAACUGGUUGACUUCCAUGACAGAAAUCUGGGAAAAGUUCCAGAUUACUCCCGUAUGUACAAAGAUGUUCGAGCUGCAGUUGAUUUGUGCCACCGUGAUGGAACUUUAAAGCAAAUGGUUGCAAAAGAUCCUAAAAGAUAUAUUAAUGAAGAUACUGCAAUUGUGCCCAUGCUCAAAAUGCUCAGAGAUUCUGGCCGGUCUACAUUCUUGGUGACAAAUAGUUUAUGGGACUAUACAAACAUUGUGAUGAAUUUCCUCUGUGAAUCCCGUACAGUGAAUGGUAGUAACAAAUGCAAUUUUGACUGGCUUCGAUUCUUUGAUGUUGUAAUCACUGGCAGUGCGAAGCCAGGCUUCUUCCAUGAGGACAAUCGAGCAAAUUUAUUUGAAGUUGAACCUAAGUCUGGGAUGCUACUUAAUACUGAUAAUGGCUCUCCUAUGCCUCAGGUGGGAAGUACUUCACCAAGAUUAUCAGUUAAUGGCCUGAAUAAGAUGUGCAGAGUUUUCCAGGGAGGCAGUGUUGGUCAUCUUCAUAAACUACUCUCAAUUGAGUCAAGUCAACAGGUUCUAUAUGUUGGGGAUCAUAUCUAUGGAGAUAUUUUACGCAGCAAAAAGGUUCUUGGGUGGAGAACAAUGCUUGUUGUUCCAGAGCUUGAGAGGGAGGUUGAACUUCUCUGGGAAUUAAGGGAUACCCGCAAGGAACUACGAUUGUUGCGGGAACAACGAGACCUCAUUGAAGACAAAAUUCAUCGUCUGAAGUGGUCUCUCAAGUUUGAAGAUGUCAAAGUUGAUGUAAAACAGAAAAUAUUUUCUGCAUUAGAUGAGUUGGAGUCUCAAAGGGAGCAUGUCCGAUCAACACAUCAACAGGCCCAACGGGAAUGCCACCAAAAGUUUCAUAAAGUCUGGGGACAACUCAUGAAGACCGGUUAUCAGAAUUCACGCUUUGCGCAUCAGGUUGAGAGAUUUGCCUGCCUUUACACUAGCCAAGUGUCAAACUUAAGCCUGUACUCCCCAGACAAAUACUACAGACCAAGUGAAGAUUUCAUGCCCCAUGAGUUUCAUAUUAUUCCCUUUUGAAGCAUGUUCGGACCCUUACAUUUGGUUGUGUAGCGUUCUCAUGUAGGUGCCUCAACAUAGAUCCUUUUAGUAUCCUCUUUUUCCGCCCUUGUUUCCCUUUGAUGAUUCACUUCCAUGUUAAACUGUAAAUGCAUUGGCCAUUACAAUCCGGUGACUUAAGUCAACAUCUUUCACUAAUAAAUUAUGUUGUGAUUUAGCUCCAAGCAAAAUCUUUCCCGUUAUAGUGCAAACAUUACUCAGUACGAAAAUAUGUUGUGAAUCAUUGUAAUUUGUACAGAUUUAGUCGUUGGCAGAA